CUCCUCUUGCUCAUGAACCAUUUUCCACUCUUGCCAUGAUCUAUGAAGACCAGGGUGAUAUGGAGAAGUCAUUACAAUUUGAACUGAUUGCAGCUCACUUAAAUCCUAGUGAUACUGAGGAAUGGGUUAGACUAGCAGAAAUGUCACUGGAACAGGACAAUAUUAAACAGGCUGUUUUUUGCUACACAAAAGCUCUGAAAUACGACCCAACCAAUGUGCGUUACCUGUGGGAGAGAUCCAGCCUGUACGAGCAGUUGGGGGAACAUAAGCUGGCUAUGGAUGGCUACAGGCGGAUUCUGAAUCUCCUGUCUCCCUCUGACGGAGAGCGCUUUAUGCAGCUGGCUAGAGACAUGGCGAAGAGUUAUUAUGAAGCCAAUGAUGUGACCUCUGCGAUUGAGAUAAUAGAAGAAGCCUUUAAUAAACACCAGAGCCUUGUCUCCAUGGAAGAUGUUAACAUUGCAGCCGAGCUAUAUAUUUCUUCCAAGCAGUAUGACAAAGCAUUGGCGGUUAUUACAGAUUUUGCGGGAAUUGUACUUGAAAAGAAAGUACCAGAAAAAAGUCCAACCGAGGAGAAAAAAGAUACAGAGGCAGUGGUAGAAACUCAGGAAAGCCAGGAGGCAGUGACUGACAGCCAAAGUCAUCCGGUUGCUGAAUCCAGUGCUGCAGCUGUGGAGAAGGUCAGCUGCUGCAUACCUGAGGGUGUUCCCAUAGACAUCACGGUCAAGUUGAUGGUGUGCUUGGUUCACUUGAACAUCCUAGAGCCGCUCAAUCCCCUUUUGACCACUCUGGUGGAACAAAAUCCAGAAGAAAUGGGUGACUUGUAUUUAGACGUCGCAGAGGCAUUUCUAGAUGUUGGAGAAUACAACUCAGCGCUGCCUCUCUUGAGUUCCCUUGUCUGUUCGGAACGGUACAACUUGGCUGUUGUCUGGCUUCGGCACGCGGAGUGCUUAAAGGCUUUGGGACACAUGGAGCGUGCCGCAGAGAGCUAUGCCAAAGUUGUUGAUCUUGCUCCGUUGCAUCUGGAUGCAAGAAUCUCACUUUCAACGCUUCAGCAGCAGCUGGGCCGACCUGAAAAAGCUCUGGAGGCUCUGGAACCAAUGUAUGAUCCGGAUACACUGGCUCAGGAUGCCAAUGCUGCGCAGCAGGAAUUAAAGCUACUCCUCCAUCGUUCGACACUGUUGUAUUCCCAAGGCAAAAUGUACGGUUACAUAGACACUUUACUGACGAUGCUGGCCAUGCUGUUGAAGGUAGCAAUGAGCAGAGCUCAGGUGUGUUUGAUAUCUAGUUCCAAAUCUGGAGAGAGACACCUCUAUCUUAUUAAGGUGUCAAGGGAUAAAAUUUCUGACAAUGACGACCAAGAGACAGCAAACUGCGAUGCGAAAGCGAUUUUUGCUGUUCUCACGAGUGUUCUGACAAAAGAUGACUGGUGGAACCUCCUCCUGAAGGCUAUAUAUUCCUUGUGUGACCUCUCCCGGUACAAGGAGGCAGAGCUACUAGUGGAUUCCUCAUUGGAAUAUUAUUCCUUUUAUGAUGAUAGACAAAAACGCAAGGAGCUGGAAUACUUUGGGCUCUCUGCUGCAAUUCUGGACAAGAACUUCAGAAAAGCGUACAACUAUAUCAGAAUCAUGGUAAUGGAAAAUGUCAAUAAACCUCAGCUAUGGAACAUCUUCAAUCAAGUUACUAUGCAAUCUCAGGACGUCCGUCACCAUCGCUUUUGUCUCCGCUUAAUGCUGAAAAACCCUGAUAAUCACGCACUGUGUGUGCUAAACGGGCACAAUGCGUUUGUAUCUGGCAGUUUCAAGCAUGCUCUUGGACAGUAUGUGCAAGCCUUUCGUGCAAACCCAGAUGAACCCCUGUACAGUCUUUGUAUUGGCUUGACUUUCAUCCACAUGGCGUCUCAGAAAUACGUGUUGAAAAGGCAUGCUCUUCUAGUACAGGGAUUCUCCUUCCUGCACCGGUACUUGGAUCUGCGUGGACCAUGUCAAGAGUCUUUCUAUAACCUCGGCCGUGGCCUUCACCAGCUGGGAUUACUGCACCUGGCAAUCCAUUAUUACCAAAAAGUACUUGAGCUUCCCCCUCUCACUUUAGAGGGAAUAGAAACUGAUCAGACGGACUUGAGAAGAGAUACUGCCUUUAACUUGUCACUUAUUUAUCAGAGCAGUGGAAACUUGAGAAUGGCUCAAAAGAUGUUGUACACUUACGCAGUCAUAUGAUGAGGUUUGUGGCAGGUGGAACUGAUACUCUUUGUGUUAACCUUUGCAUUAUGCAGAGCUGGGGAAGCUGGGUUUACAUAUAGCUUUUUCUGUAGAUGGUCAGAGACACGGGUUGUGCCAUA